UAACAUUGUAGCCAACAGAAUUUACCACGAUGUUUGUGCCCUGAUCAACAGCUGGAAAGUCUCAUGGAUCAGAUGGCCCUGUUUCUGAAGAGGUCUCCUGCAGUGGAGCCCUUUAAAGAACUAACGGAACAAAAAGACAACAAGUUCACUCUGCUAGACCUCCUAGAUCCAAAUUACGUAGAGGCAGUGUGUGCUACUCAGAACUAUAUUCUGACCUUGAAUAGUGGCACUUUUGAGCUGAAGUGCUGGAGCUCAAGAUCCUCUAAGCUACAAAACUCUGCCAGGUUGAGAUACACACCAAAGAAUACAGAUCAAUUCUCUCUGCUCGUCAAUACUUCCAUGGUAGUCUUGAUUGUCAGUGGUAAUAAAGCAUCUAGAAUCUUCCUCUGGGACUUCAAGAAAAGGGAUGUUCAGAUUUUGGAAGAAGCCAGGAGUUACAGAAGCAAGAUUGUUAAAUCAGUGAUAAACGAUGGUCUGCUUGUGACAUACUCUGACGAUAAUGAACUAUCUUUUUGGAGUCUGAAGGACUGUGGAAUUGUGUUGCGUGGGUCCCUCAGAAAGGUUAUCACGUUUAUGGAGCUGUCGAAAAGUAACGGAUCGCUCUAUUUUGCUCAUUCUAAGACUCUACAUUGUAUUCACGAUUUCACAGAUUUUGAAAACAUCAUCCCUCGUGAUCGUGAUGCAUUAGAUAAGAUUUAUGCAUUGCACUUGGUGAAAAUGACGAGCAUCACCAUUAUUUUGACGGGACACAAAAACCACAUAAUUCGUCUCUGGAGGAGCGACAUCAACCUGAUCAAAGAAGUUAACCUCAUGGAAGUGUCAGAUUUAGCGAGACAACAGCUUAGCUCUCCCUGCUCGUACAGAAUACACUACCUGAAGGAACGGGACGAGCUCAUCAUAUCCCACAACGACAACAUCACAGUUUACAAGAUGAUAUCAGGAACUGUCCUCCACCUGGAGCAACAAGCGCACAGAUCAGAGAUAACAGCUAUCUCCUCUUACACAGGGGACCCUUACAAAGAGGACCCCUCGUAUCUGGUCACCAUGUGCGACUCCUCCAUCCGGCUGUGGCGUUACACUCUGCAGAGUGACCCAGGGUUAGAUCUGGUCGGGGAGAUCACGGUUACCAAUGUUGAUCAGGUAGUACCGGUUAGUGGGGUGGGUCUUUAUCUGGCGGGAAAGUGUUACUAUGCGGGGUUGGUGCUGUGGAGGUAUGCUAAUGCUCAUCUCACUCGGCAGCUCAAGGCUUCUAGAAACUUCUCUCAGGGUCAUUGAAAUACUACUAUUAUAUACGUUGACUGGACUUUUUAUGUCAUGAUUGUUUAGUGUUUUAUUUACAGAUUUUUAUUUUCAGUGAGACAUUGAUUUUUGAAAUGCUUUUUAUUUUUACCAGAUUAUAUACUGAACAUCAUUGUAAAAUUUUAUGAAACAUCAAUUAAUGUUGUGAUCUAGCCUAAGAUAAUUGUGUUGCAUACUAUGUUUUGUUAUAUAUUGUUGAUUGUAAUUUCGUUCGAACUCUUGAUUUUGAAUCACCAGGUCGAGUAGUUCUUUGACUACUUAAAAGAUAUUUUCUACUGUUGCGAAUUUCAGGCGAAUGAACCGAUAAAGCUGUUCACAAAUAAAUGUCUCUUUCAAUAAAUAGCACCUUAGCCUUGUAAUUUCCUUCUAGAUAAGGCAAUGGCAGAUAGCGAUGGAGGAUUUGAAAGUGCUGACGAAGAUAAGCAGCCCAGCACUCCAGGUACUCCAAUACCACCCGAGGUUGAUCUUACACCACCAGUCGACCAUAGCCCUGCAGCAGAGAUAGAAUCAACCCCUGCAGCAGUGCUAGAUACAACCCCAGCUCCAGAACCAGCUCCUACUCCAGAUUCUCCUGACAUAAAGCCAGAUCCAGUACCCCCGGAGAAAUCACUCUCCCCUCAACAACCUGGUGAUGAUUGGGGCUGGGGAGGAUGGUCUUCUUGGGCUGCCAGUUCUGUGUCCAAUGUGGCAGGGAUGGCUACCAAUGCAACGAAAGGUCUUUCUGGAGCCUUGGAGACGUUUGAAGCGUCUCUGGGCUUACCAACCCCUGAGGAACUUGCUGAAGAAAUGAGAGAAACUCAAUUGAAGGAGAGUGAUGAGACCAAAGAAAGCGAAGUCAAGACCAAGGAAGAGCCUCCCAAAGAGGAACCCAAAGAAAAAGAAACAAAGGACGAGAGUGCGAGUAGACCAGGUUAUUACCCUGGAGCAGGACUCUGGUCGGGUAUAUCGUCACUGACAAACACAGGUACUCAGUAUCUUAAUGCUGGUCUGGAUAAGCUGGAGGAGGUAUCUAACAAAGCUUAUGAUGCGCUUAACGAUCAAGCUACGGAGGACUUUCCCAAGACAAAACCAAGAACCCGUGACUCUACCAAAGGACCAAGCUUAAUGAAUGUUCUACAGGAGGCCAAAGUGAAGUAUGAGCAACAAGAAAAGAUUUCAUCGGAAACCAUGAUGACGAUGUCGUAUCUAUUUGAUGAGAAGCAGGGACUCAGUCAACUGGAAGCGCUGCAGAUGCUCAGCAAGGAAUGCGUUCUUAAGAUGAAGAACAACCCAUCUGAGGGAAACACGCUCUUCCUUUACGUAGAAACUAGUCUGGAACUCAAGAGUGGAGACUCUGAAAUUAUCAUCGAGCAUUUGGGGGCGGCUGUAACAGACUGCCUCAAAACUCUCAAGAUAGAUCUGCCUAUCAGUAAAAUCAAUCAAUGCAGGUACGAAAUAGCGCAACAACUCUCAGAAAUGGACAUGACAACGCUGGACGAAACCGCCAAACCAUCUGACACAAAGAAAACCGUGCUCCUUGCUAACUCCCUCAACAGCAUCGCCGGCUUCACCGCACGCUCUGUCGAACUCUUCAAGAAGAUCGCUGAGCUCAGCCUCCUAAAAUCCACCCUGGAAGUAGAUAUGAAGACCCAAGCAGAUACUAUAAAGUUCCUGAACGAAGUGCUGUGUUGUGAGAUUGAUAACAUCCGGGAACAGUUCGAGCAGAAGACGGAGAGUAAGGAUGAUGUGGAUAGGUUGUAUCUGGAGACCAGCAAUGCUAUAUCGUAUCUUCAGGAGACCCUCUACUUCUUCGUGCCCAUUCUCAAGUGGAUCGUUGUGAAGACUUCUAAGAGUUAAAUUUCAGUUUUUUUGUUGUCAAUAUGUCGGGAUAUUGUUUAGUGGACAUUUGUUUUGUAUUGUAUCUGUGGCCAUCGGUCACGUCUACCAUGUUUGGGUGAUCGACCGAUGCUGGAUCGUUAAGAUAAAGGACUGAAUAAACUGUUGAGACUCGAUGAGAAUUUAAGAUCAAUAACGAAUAAAAAAUUAUAUAAAUUAAUUAAAAUGGUUAAACGAAAUGCCUGUUUUGGAUGUCAAACAUGAUCUGAUGAUCCAGUACCAAGCCUGGUUACUUUUAUAUGAACACCGAUGUCGGGCUUUUAUUACACUGCAUGCAAACUUAGCGACAUUGUUAUAUUACAAUGUUUAAAAUGUUGGUAAUAUGAACUUGAGAUCUGCACUAUAAAUACAUAGUUAUUAGUUUAAAUAGUUGGGUGUUUAAAAAUUUAGAAUAAUACGUAAGAAAUUGAAUUUUUAAGUUUCAGAAUAUUUCGAAACAUGAAGAUUCUUAGUUUAAUCGAGCUUAAACGUGAUAUUGAAUUAAAGAGAAAGUAAGUGAUAUAGUACAAAAUCUUGAGGAUUUGCCCGUUUUUGAACCUUGUGGCUACACAAGCAGUGUGAGGGAUCGUUCUCAUGUCAUGCAAGCCAGAUACUGCGACCGGCCUAUUUCAUACCCGCCCCAGCCCCCAACCGAGCACACAGCUAUAGCUAUUGUUUUGAAAUUACACUAGCGAGAGAAUUUCCAAUAAUGCGUGAUAUGUGAACGAACCCUUAAUUGUAAGAUAGAAUCGUAGAUUGUUUAAAAAUGUAUCAUGGAAGAGCAUGGUUUUUUAUGUUUGUAAUCCAAAGAUUAUUUUACUCUGUUAAUUUUGCUUUAGAUACAUUUGAUAUAAUGCUACUUGAAUUAUACCAUAAAUUGUUAUGUGGAUAAGAGUCAUUUUUUGAUCGUUGUGACAGAACUCGAAGACAGGAGGCAGAUAAAUCUGUGUACUAAGCUUUUCUGGAUUAUUCUUUUUUGGAAUGGAACCUAAAUUAGAAUUUAUUCUAAUCAUAGUAGAUAGAUAAAUGGAUGAUUGUAGAUGAGUAGAUCAUAAAUUAUGUGCUCUCUAAAAUUUGUUGUCUAUGCCGUUUUGAGAUUCGAGAUGUGACCAAAUUUUUUAUUAAAGUUUAUUGAGCAUUUCAUUUGA